CAUCUCAUGCUUCUUUAUCUAGAUUGCAGAUUGUAGCUGGCAAAAUUGAGGUCCUACAGGGACUGCCCCUCGCAUCUUUGCCGCUCGCCCCUCGUCGACCUUGAGACCGAUCUACGCCUCCUGUCCAGGUGCGCAACCCCAACCAUGCAGCAGCAAGUUGCUCAGCGGAGCACUCUCCGGCAGCAGCAAAAGGCAGUGUCUGUGGCACCAGCUUUCAGCCAGCGCACAUUCCCCCAUAGCUUCAAGCCUCACUGCAAGUCCCUUACCUCGAGUCGUACUCCUACGGCUGCAUUCCGUCGGCAUGAGAGCCGCGCGGCUGUGAGGCCGCCGCAAGCUGUUGCUCGCCCCUCGGUCUUCUUCUUCAACUUUGGCGGAGACGAGGAGGAUGACUAUGAGGAGGAGUACACCGUGCUGAAGGUCCAGGUGGGGCUGUUCGGCGACGUGGCGCGGUGGCAGCGGGAGCUGGAGCGGCUGAGCGAGUUGUUCGACACGGAGGAGGAGGAGGGGCUGCACUACAUACUGCAGGAAACCGUGACCAAGCUGCUCCGCAACCUGGAGUACUGCUCCUACGGCGCCACGGCGGGCAAGGUGUUCGGAGACCUGGACGCGGCGGAGCGCAAGUUCAACCAGGUCUCCCUGGAGGAGCGCAGCAAGUUCAAGGAGGAGACCUACUCCAAUGUGGACGGACGCAGGCGCCGCCGCAGCAUGGAGCUGACACCCAACCCGGACGCGGGUCUGGACUGCUGGCUGGUCGCCACGCUGGUGGUGGCGGUGGAGGGGCGGCUGGUGCUGCCGCGCGUCAGCAGCUCGGCCGAGCUGCGGAAGGCGCUCACGCAGCUGGGCAGUGUGGGCGCGGACUCGCUGCUGGCGUUCGAGCUGCUGUGGACACCGCAGGCGGAGGGUGACAGCUACAGCAAGG